CCCUCCCGGCCGCCGGCGAGCAACCGCAUCAGCGGGGCUGCCGGCCCGGCUCGGCGCCCGGUCACGCCCGAGCCGCUCGCUGCGCCUUUAACGGCGGCGGCUGCGCCGCGGCGGGUGGGCUGCGCGGGGGGGACGGGGCGGCACGGCACGGCACGGCACGGCGGCGCCUCCCGGUCGCGUCUCUCGGCGCCGCAGGCGGGUGGGCGGUGCGGGACCUCCGCCGGGAGCAGAUGGAGCGGCAGGGCGCGGGGUGCCGGCGCGCCGGGAGGGCCCCGCGGGCGAGCAGCUGACGCGGCCGGCGACGGCUUGGCCGGGAGCGAGCAGCCCCGAGAUGGCGAAAGCUCCGCGCCCAGCUUCUAUCAGUUUGUAAAAGCUAAUUGAAGCUCAAGAGAAGGCAGAGCCAGUGAGAAAAGCUGGUCUGCGCCGAUUCAGUGGUGCUCAGUGGCACAUGCAGAAUGUCCUCAAAGACUCUGUGGAGAGCUCCGAUGAUGAAUUCUUUGAUGCGCGAGAAGAGGUGGUGGAAGGAAAAAGUGCCAUUCUUAUAGGCAUGAGCCAAUGGAACUCAAAUGACCUUGUUGAACAGAUAGAAACAAUUGAGAAGAUGGAAGAAAAUCAAGGUGAAUUAUAUAGAGCCUCUUUAAGAAAACAAAGGUUACCUGCACAAGGCAGUAUUGAAAUACAUGAGGACAAUGAGGAAGGAGUUAAACACCAGAAAUGCAAAACUCAUGUGCUAAUUCUGAUCCUACAUGGGGGGAACAUCUUAGACACUGGAGGAGAGGACCAAAGCAGCAAGCUGGCAGACAUCAACACCUUCAGUUCUGUGUUUGAAAAAGUCACCCAAGCCCAUUUCCCUUCUGCUUUGGGACACAUCUUAAUCAGACUUGUUCCCUGCCCUGCAAUCUGUUCAGCAGCCUUCUCUCUUGUUUCCAACCUAAAUCCCUACAGUUAUGAUGAAAGCUGUCUCAGCAGCAGUGAAGACCACAUCCCACUGGCUGCCUUGCCCUUGCUGGCUGUUUCAUCCCCUCAGUACCAGGAUGCAGUUGCCAUGGUGAUUACUAGAGCAAACCAAGUUUACAAUGAAUUUCUCAAAUCUGCAGAUGGGGUUGGUUUUAAUGGACAGGUGUGUCUUGUUGGUGACUGCAUUGGAGGAAUUUUGGGUUUUGAUGCCAUCUGCUAUAAUGCUAAUAGAGCUGAUGAGAGUCGGAACAGUAGCAGGAGAGGAAGCAUCAGCAGCAUCCAGGAUAAUCCCCUUUUAACAGAUGAUUCCAGUCUGGGUGGCAGCAAACGCCUGAGCAAAAGCAAUAUUGACAUCUCGGAAAUCAUGGAGGAUGAGGACCCAAGGCAGCAGUUGCCUAGGAAACAGAGUGACUCAUCCACCUAUGGCUGUGAUACUAUAACCCAACAUCAUGCUUUCCUGUCUAGCAUCCACUCAAGUGUGCUGAAAGAUGAUGCAGACUUUCUUCCUGUGAAUUCCAGUCUCUCAGAAGUAAACCUGGGCCGAUUUGAAUUUGAGGUGUCUGAUUUCUUCAUCUUUGGAUCGCCACUUGGUUUGGUGCUGGCCAUGAGGAGUACUGUUCUGCCAGGCCUGGAUGUAUGCCAGGUCCGCCCAGCCUGCAGCCAAGUUUACAGUUUCUUUCACUCUGCUGAUCCGUCUGCCUGCAGACUUGAACCACUGUUGGAGAAAAGAUUUCAUCUCCUGCCUCCAUUCAGUGUCCCACGGUACCAGAGAUACCCACUGGGGGAUGGAAGAUCUCACCAGUUAGGUGAUGCCAUCCAAAACCACAGUGCGCUGUUCCUUGAGAACAGCUCUUUGAAUAUAACUCUUGCUCAGGAGAGUCCUGAAUCUCCAAACGCAUCUAAUCAACCACAAGGAAAAGAGAGAAAGUUGAGCUUGGCCAGCACAAACAGCGAAAACUCAGGGUCAACAGAGAGCUUGCCAUCAGCAUACUUCACCAACAUUACUGCAAAGUGGUGGGGAACAAAACGAAUUGAUUAUGCCUUGUAUUGUCCAGAUGUACUGACAGCAUUUCCAACUGUGGCCCUGCCACAUCUCUUCCAUGCCAGCUACUGGGAAUCAACAGACGUUGUGGCAUUCAUUUUGAGACAGGUGAUGAGGUAUGAAAAUGUAAAUUUCAAGGAGAACAACAGCCUGGAUCCAGCAACACUAAGCCCUUCUAAUCCACGAGAAAAAUGGCUCCGUAAAAGGACACAUGUCAAAUUGAGAAAUGUGACUGCUAAUCAUCGAGCUAAUGACAUCAUUGCAGUAGAAGAUGGUCCUCAGGUACUAGUUGGGCGCUUUAUGUAUGGGCCUCUGGACAUGGUAGCUUUAACAGGUGAAAAGGUUGAUAUCUUCAUAAUGACUGAGCCAUCUUCGGGUAGAUGGGUGUACUUUGACACAGAGAUAUCCAACAGCAGUGGCCGGAUAUCUUACAGCAUACCCAAACAAAAGAGAUUGAGAGUUGGUGUGUAUCCCAUCAAAAUGGUGGUCAGAGGGGACCAGAGCAGUGCCACAAGCUAUCUGACUGUGCUUCCCCGAGGAAUGGAAUGUGUUGUGUUCAGCAUUGAUGGUUCAUUUGCAGCAAGUGUUUCAAUUAUGGGAAGUGAUCCCAAAGUCCGAGCUGGGGCUGUUGAUGUUGUCAGACAUUGGCAGGACCUGGGGUAUCUGAUUAUCUAUAUUACUGGCCGUCCAGAUAUGCAAAAGCAGCGUGUGGUUUCAUGGUUGUCUCAACACAACUUCCCACAAGGAAUGAUCUUCUUCUCUGAUGGACUCGUUCAUGACCCACUGCGACAAAAGACUAUUUUUCUACGGAAUCUCAUGCAAGAGUGCCACAUCAAAAUCUGUGCUGCAUAUGGUUCCAUGAAAGAUAUUUCUGUUUACAAUGUCUUGGCUCUGUCGCCAUCACAGAUCUACAUAGUUGGACGUUCAACAAAGAAAUACCAGGCACAGUGUCAAUUCCUCAGUGAGGGUUAUGCAGCCCACUUGGCUUCACUGGAGUUCAGUCUUCAUUCACGACCCAAAAAGAACAACUCUCGGAUGAUCUUGAGAAAAGGCAGCUUUGGCCUUCACUCCCAACCUGAGUUUUUGCGCAAGAGAAACCAUCUCCGCAGGACUAUGUCUGUGCAGCAGCCUGACCCACCUUCUUCAAACCCUAAACCAGAGCGUGCCCAAAGCCAGCCCGAAUCAGACAAAGAUCAUGACAGACAUUUGCCCUCCAUUGCAUGGGUUAAAGGUGGAGUUCACAAGUUUGAAUCUGUCCCCUAGGAAGCCGGGGGAUGUUGAUCUUGGAUGCCACCCCCUUAAACUUGUAAUCAUGCCUCAAAGAUAAUAUUUAGGCAGCUUCAAACUAGAAAAUGUAGAGAGGAACCUGUACCUUGGAGUUGUUCCUGCUCUAGAAAAUGCCUUCUUAUACCAACCAGGGAACUUGCAGUUCGUUCCUCUUGACAUGUUUAUUGGGAAAUUUUAAAACAAUCUAAAACUAUCGCCAAGUGCUUAAAACAUCAAAGCAACAGGAAAAAAAAAAAAUUAUCUUUGGUUAUUUUGUACAAUAGAUACAAUAAAAUGUGCAAUAAGAGAAAAAGCUGCAACAAGCUGUUUUUUAUUCAAAAGAAGGAUUGUGGUAGCAGCUGACUAGCUGCACCCAAAGCAGUAUAAACAGUAGGUCCCAUGGGUUACAGGGAAAGUUUGCACUUUAAACAUUAGUUUUAUCUGCUGCCACUUCACUUUCGAUAAAGAGAUACAUUUGCAAGGAAAGAGGAAGAGGGAAUACAAUAAUGGGUAAUCAGAAUUUGUACAGCAAGAUGCUUGUUGGGUGCCUUUAACCCAAGAUAUCCUUUCAGCUUACAUUGUUGGUCAACGGACUCAGAUAUAGGCACUCAUGUUGUCUGAAGUGCUGUACAUCAAGUAAUUUGGAGAACUCCACCUAUGAACCAAAUCAUAAAUGCUUCGUGUUAGAAAUAAAUGUCUCUGCCACGGUUUGAAGUAGUUAGUGUUGCUGUGUACAAAGUGCUGUGCAAGUGUACAAAAAUCACAUUGUUUUGUUGAACUUGGUGACUGUGCAAAAUGUAUUAACUACUGUGAGUAAGGAGAUGUCUCUGACCAUCUAAGUCUGAAACAGAUCCUAAGAUGGUAACCUAAAGGUAACUUUUUUACUAAUGGAUCUGCAGACUUCAGAGCAAUCAAUUUUUGCAUUAUUUUAACAAGAAACUUUAAGCUGGAGGAGGAAAAAGUGAUAAAUGCUAAUGGAAUUCCUGGGAGUAAAUUAUUUACCUUCUCAUGCUUUACAGCAACUACUGUGCUAAGACAAUCUGUAGCAGUCAGAAUUACAGCCUAUGAGCUUCAAAGAAUGGAGACGACAAAUUACAGGUGCCAAGGAGACAUUUUCCUACUGAUUUAAAUUUAUCUCGGAUCUCUCAAUUAACGUAUUAAAAGUAAAAAUGUGUGAAGUUUUCUCUAGGUGAUAAUAUUUCUAAACUAAACAUUUUAAUUAGUUUAACGUAGCUGCAGUUUGCAGCUUCUUUAUGCAAAUAUUUCCACCAAACUAUAAAUUCACCAAGCGAACUUCCAUGAUAGAACUGAUGCAUGUUUCAAAACCUGCAACGAAGUUGCUAGUGCACAAUUAUUUUUUUUUUCUUCAAAAAUUAAAACUCCAGACUGUUGACCCUGAGGAAACUGGAAGUCAGUAGGGGGAUUUGGUUUCUCCCCAGCACAUGCACUUUUGUGGAGUUGCAGGUUGUCAUCCCCACCCUUUUACUUUCAGGUUUUCCUAAUCUAUAGCUGGAACAGAAAGAAGUCUGUUGAUUAAUGAUUUCAAAGUCACUGUGUAAAACAAUAAUGGAAUAGAAAAGUAUUCUGAUGGUGCAGAAGGAAACCCAGUAACUUCCUGUUAACAUAAAAGUUUCAGUGUGUUUUUUGAAGGGCCUAGUAAUGUGGCUUUUGUCCUAAAAGGCAGCAAAAUAGCUUAUAAAUGAAAGUUGGGGGUUUUGUUUGUGUCUAUCUUUCCUGGUUUUAAGCUUAUCACUUACCAAGAUUGUCAGUUACCUAUUUCAAACUUCCUGAAAGAUUUCUGGCACAUCAGAAAGUUGUUCUUUUAUAAUGCUUCAUUUAAGGGAAGGAGUAAUGUUUGCUGAAGAUUUAGGAAAGCUAUGAGAAGUUUGGUAGCUCACAUUCAUUAGGUAACUGCAAUACACAAGGGCUGGGGUUGUUUUGCUCUGUUGGCAAGUCAGCCAGCUACAAAAGCUAAAUGAAAGAUCUCCAGAAACUACACUGAAGCAGUCUUUAGGUUUACAAAUGCUUUCCCAGUAGUGUCACACCUAGCUCUUUAACCCAAAUUUAGAGUAGUUUUCAGUGUUCUUUCUUGACCCAAUGUGCAAAUUUGUAAGCUCUUUUUUUUUUUUUUUUUUUAAACAAUGGCUGUUUAUUCAAUUAAAAAAAUGUAUCUGAGUACACUGGUGCGCUUCAAACAGAUUCUUGCUUGACUAAAGUAUGCCUAUUUAGUUUUGUGGCAUGGUUUAUAUCUAUUUCUGCAUAAAAUUUUGUUAAGUGUAAAAUUGACAUGGCAUUAACUAUUCCUCUUGUUCCUUGGGGUUCAUGAAAGCUGCCAUUUUGAUUUGUUUGGAGGAAAAUAGUCUUCAUUCUUACAGAUUGCUUGUCCUGAGCCUCUACUACUUAGGGAAGUCAUUUCUAAACAAAGGUAAAACUUCUCACUGCUUAUGUAGAAGAGCAGCUACCAGUAAACCACAGAGAAAGACAUUUGACGCACCUUAAUCUAAUAUUAAAAUCCAGUGACAUUUAUCUUGAAGGUCCACCAUUCUGCAAAAUAUCCUGUUUGCCUUUCUUAGUGAACAAGUUCUCCUAUUUACACAUUACAGGCUUUAGGCCAGCGAAUGGCUAUGAAUGUAAGCAAAUACACAAUAGUUAUUUCAUGUAUUUCACAUGUAUUUAAUGUAUUUCACAGCAUAAAUUUAGAAAGAAAAAGUGAAAUUUGUCCUUUUGUAUUGUUUAAUUUCGUAUAUUUGGUACAAACAUUAAGCAUUUUUUAUUAUACCUGAAAACAACAGGUAUUUUUAGCUUUAGAAAUCUGUAACUGCAACAAUUGUUACUGAGCUUUUGAGGGAAAACUGAUUUUCCCCAUUUUUUUCCCCUUUCACAAGAGAGAAGGUAAGUAUGUUAUGAAAGUGCUAGACAGUUCAAGUGUGGGCCAUUUUAUAAUAAUUUAAUUGUUUUAAUAACGAAGCGAUUAUACAAUAUAGUUUCAAUUUUUUCUGAUUAGAACUUGAAAUUUGGGAUCUAAAAUCAGGACUUCUGCAUUGAAUUGUUCAUUUCAGGCACACAGGGGAGAAAGUUGCAUUCUUCAUCCUCAUCUGGAGCUGUCUCAGGAUAGAAGUCUCUAAACACAAAAAUUUCCAACUUACCUCCUCAGCUUCUGUAAGAGCAAUGAUUCCUCCUUGUCUUUGUUCAUAGUUUCAGCAGAAAUUGUAGUUUUCACAAGGUAAUUUCACUUCAGUGCUGUUUAAUCACUCAAGUGUAACUAUAGGUUUCUACUAAUGAUCCUAGAUUCAGUCCCCCAUUAAAAAAAAAAAAAAAAAAAAAGGCAAUAAUACAUUUUUCUGGAUGAAAAGAGCUCCUUCUUUUUCAGAACUAGGAAAGGGCCUGGACCAGCUAGAAUCCUGUGCCAUGGACUCUGGAAUUGAAGGUCAGGUGUUGGUAUUUCUCUUUCCUUCAUUUUAUACCAAGUCCAAGGUAAGGGGUUGAUAGUUUAUCCUCUAUUUGUAUUUAUCCCAAUAAGCUACCUUUGAAACUGGCUAUCAUUGUCUGGGGAGGGUGGAGGUGGUGGAAAUACAAAACAGCUCUGGCAGAUAAGUUCCUAUUUGUAAAAUUGUACAGAACUUAGGGGGGAGAGGGAGGGCACAGAAUAGAGAGGCAAGAUUACCAUGACCUGCUGGGAUAUGGGGUACCAGAGAUCAUAACACUAAACCAUAAUUUAAAAAUCACAACUUCUAUGGACAAAGUUAUUCUGCAAGGACUGAUGUAGGACCCAGAAUGGCAGGCUUCUCACAGAACCCCAAGCCUUCUGUAUAAACUUUUCUAUUUGUGGGGAAGGGAAAGAGGCAGUCCUCUUAUAACUGAAUUCCUAAAAGGAAACAAAGUUGUACAUGUUCUUUCAGUCUAGUUUUAUGAAGCAUUUACUUUCAGAUAUUAUUUGUCAGUGAGAAGGUUCUAUCUGGUGACAAAUGUUUAUAUUUCUUAUGGCUGCCUUGUAAAGAUUCAAAAAUGCACAAUAAUGAAUUUCUUAAUAUGAAAUAAGGAGUAAGAUUUCUACAACUGGUAUAGAUUUUGAUGUGUGCUGGUUUUUAAAAUCUUAUAUUAGCCACUAAAAUAAAACCUUCCUUGUCUUUAA